UGUCAGGCCAUUGAGAUGGUCUUAUGACAUUGUAGUUUUUUAGGUAAUUUUUUUAUAAGCUUCAGCUGUGAGAAGCUUUACACUGCACAAACUAUAGUUAUGAUGUAGUGGCUGCAAUUCUGAGACAAUCCGGGGUAACUUCCAUUUCUUGUGCCAGUGCUUUCCCUUCGAGGCCAGUCAGGUCUUUGUAGUGUAACCACCAGGACCAUUUUUUGGGGGGACAACAGACACUGUGUUUGUAUAGUGCAAAAUGUGUCCUGCGUAAUGUCCCCUUAGAGUGUAUGUAUUAGGUAAAAAUCCCAGGUGGUGUAUUGGCCACAUUCUCCCAGCUGCAGUGCCAGUACUCCUAUCUCCAAGACCUCUUCUCCUCAGGUUCACUUUUUCAACUUAAUACCAAGUGGGUAGCGGCAAUGACAGGAGUAACCUACCUGGACUCUGUCGCUCACUGCACCCGAGUUGGCUGUCACUCACCCUGCAGCACCGCGCUUCAAGAGGAGGAGGAGGGGACUAGGACCCAUCUGUGUGUCUGUUUGUCAGGCUGCACGUCAUGUGGGAAGACCCUGGUGAAUGCAAAGAGGACAUUCUAAUGAAUACAACAAAUCAAGCUGAGCUAUUCCAGCCAGGAUGUGUUCUGAAAAUCUGUGCUCCCAUGGUACGCUAUUCAAAAUUAGCAUUCAGGAUGCUGGUUCGCAAAUAUGACUGUGACCUCUGCUUCACUCCAAUGAUAAUUGCAGCGGAUUUUGUCAGAUCUGUCAAAGCGAGAGACAGUGAAUUCACAACAAGUAAAGCUGACCGCCCUCUGAUUGUGCAGUUUGCUGCAAAAGACCCUCUUAUCCUUGCUAAUGCUGCCACCAUAGUAGCACCAUUUGCCAAUGGAAUUGAUUUGAACUGUGGAUGCCCCCAAAGGUGGGCAGUGUCAGAUGGUUAUGGUGCUUGCCUCAUCAAUAACCCAGAACUGGUCAGAGACAUGGUGAGGCAGGUCAGGAACCAAGUUUGUAUUCCUGAGUUUUCUACUUCAAUCAAAAUAAGAAUCCAUAGAGAUAUCAGAGCAACUGUUGACCUUUGCCGGAAAGCCGAGUCUGCUGGAGUGUCCUGGAUAACUGUCCAUGGAAGAACAACAGAGGAACGACAUCAGCCAGUGCAUUACGAUGCAAUAAAGACAGUAAAAGAAAGUGUAUCCAUUCCUGUUGUGGCUAAUGGUGAUAUAAGAAGUCUCAGAGAUGUAGAAGACAUUCAUCUGUUAACAGGAGUUGAUGGUGUAAUGGCGGCAAGAGGUCUGUUAGCAAAUCCUGCCAUGUUUGCCGGAAGUGAAGAUACACCACUGGAGUGUGUUUGGGACUGGGUUGACAUUGCUAUGAAGCAUGGGACUCCAUUCACUUGUUUUCACCACCAUUUAAUGUACAUGUUGGAGAAAAUUACCUCACAGCAGGAAAAAAAAGUUUUUAAUUCAUUAUCAAGCACAGCAGGGGUUAUAGAUUACUUGUUGGAGAACUACAGUGUGUGUAGGACACUCUCUUUUCUGCUGUCACUGUAACAAGUGAAUGUGUAUGUGCACACAGACAAGCCAUGGAAAGGUAAGACCUUACCCUACAUAUAAAAAGUGAUGCCAGCAUCAAUGAAGUCCUCUAGAUUACAUGAAUUUAAUAAUUGGCCAGAAUGUUCUUACUCCAUGGCCAUGAAAGGCAUGUAGCAGUAUUUUUUUUUUGUGUGUGUGUGUGUCAAGUACAUCUCGCUGGCUGCUUCACAAAUAAUACUAUUAAUCCGUCUCUUUUUAAGCUGCUUUUUCAUUGUUUUGGAAAGCAACAUCCUGUCUAGUCAGACAGGAUACAAUAUGGUAAAUUGCCUGAACACUAGUCUUUGCCUUAGAAAAACCACCACUGAUCACCAGUAGAAAACCCGAGCAAAGCACCAAUAAUUGUUGGGGUUCCAGCCAAUAGUCCCAUUUAAUUAUUUUAAACAAAAGGGUGCACAAAGUCACAACAAAAAAGACACUGGUCAAAAAAAAUCAGUCCAUACAUAGUUCACUAAUGUUGUCUUUAGUUCUCAGAUCUCAUAUUAGAACUUGUUCAUUAUUGACUCCUAAUCGUAAAUGAGAUGGCAUCUUUCAGUGUCAUCCAUUUUUAUGGCUGGGCGGGAGACUGCUCUAGUCGUCACGAUCGGGGUGACCCAGUGCAUGCCCUCACUGGGUAUUUACUCAUGCUGUGGGAGAAAGAAAAGACACCAUUAGCGACAACAUCUACUCUUAUCCUGCAGUGGUAUCACUUAACAUCAGUUGAGGUUGGAAGAUGAUCCCCAGUGACACAUACAUCCAUCCAUUAUCCAACCCGCUAUAUCCUAACUACAGGGUCACGGGGGUCUGCUGGAGCCAGACAGG